CAGAAGAGAAUAGGAUAGGAGGCGCUUCACACAAGUUAAUCUGCGCAUGAGUCAGAGCGGGAAGAAAAGGCAAGGGAACUGACUGAACACGAAAGGGUUGAAGGGGACUACACAGCCCUGUUUGAAAAAGAAGAAAACUGACUUAUAUUAACAAUGACAGCAGUAGAAGUACUAUAAUAUUGUUCUAAAAGUUUCAAGUGGCAUGCAGGAAAAUGUUACACUGUUCUAAUUAUAACAUUCGUUUGUUUUCACUGUUAAAAUUCAUGUGACCAUAUUUUUUAUUUACACGUGGUUGAUGAAAUUUUACAAGUGCGAUGAAUUUGCAUGUUUAGUUAGUUUUUAACAAACACAUUUAAUCAGUACAAUGGAGUCCUGGGACGAUGAAAUUGUUAUCCCACCAACUAAAGGCCGUGCUCAAGGAGGUUUUGGGCGUGGUGGGUUUGGAAGGGGAUCCACCUCACCAGGGUCAACAUCAGCUCCUGUACCUGGAUUUGGUCGUGGAGUUCUUCGUGAAGGCUUUACUACGCAACCACAAACAAAUGGAUUUUCUGAUGCAACAGAAGGAGUAAAGGAAAUGAGCAUAUCUAAACCUCCUGCUUUUGGAGGAAAGCCUGGUGGCUUUGGUUCUCAAAAUGGUGGUGGAGGAUUUGGCUCCUCCAGCGGCGGAGGAGGAUUUGGAGGAAAUAAAAGUGGAGGAGAUGGUGGAUUUGGCAGCAAAGGGGGAUUUGGGGGAGGAGGAGGUGGUGGUGAUGGAGGAUCUGGAUUUGGAGGAGGAUUCGGUGGAGGAGACAAGCCACCAAGGGGUGGUGGCUUUGGAGGAUCAGGUGGUGGAGGCAAAGGAAACUGUUUCAAAUGUGGUGAAAGUGGUCACAUGUCGAGAGAAUGUCCUAGUGCUGAACAAGGCGGAGGAGGUGGUGGCAAUAGAAACUGCUUCAAAUGUAAUGAAAGUGGUCACAUGGCAAGAGAAUGUCCCAAUGCUGAACAAGGCGGAGGAGGUGGUGGCAGUAGAAACUGCUUCAAAUGUAAUGAAAGUGGUCACAUGGCAAGAGAAUGUCCCAAUGCUGAACAAGGUGGUGGAGGUGGUAGAAGUGGAAACUGCUUCAAAUGUCAAGAAAGUGGUCACAUGGCCAGAGAUUGUCCCAACUCGGAUAGUAAAGGAAAUGCAUGCUUUAAGUGUAAUGAAGAAGGACAUAUGGCCAGAGAUUGUCCUAAAGCAGAAGGUCUUUCAUUAGACAAGGACCGUCCACCACCUUAUAUCCCACCAGCACCAUCUGAGGAUGAAACAGAAAUUUUCAAAACCAUUCACGCAGGCAUAAACUUUGACAAAUAUGAAAAAAUCCCAGUUGAGGUCACAGGAUCAAAUUGUCCUGAAAAAAUCUCAAAUUUUGAUGAUGCUGGAUUGUAUGAUACCUUUCUUAAAAAUGUGAAAAAGUCAAACUAUGACAGACCAACACCUGUACAAAAAUAUUCCAUUCCAAUAGUAAUGUCUGGAAGAGAUCUGAUGGCAUGUGCUCAAACAGGGUCUGGUAAAACGGCUGCUUUCUUGCUGCCAGUUUUAACUGGAAUGAUGAACAAUGGACUAACUGGUAGUUCAUUCUCAGUAGUUCAGGAGCCACAGGCUUUAGUUGUAGCUCCAACUAGAGAAUUGGCUGUACAAAUCUUUACAGAUGCCAAAAGAUUUACCCAUGGCACAAUGUUAAGACCUGUAGUAUUAUAUGGAGGAACCUCUCUUGGACAUCAACUGAGGAAUGUAGAACAGGGUGCACAUAUAGUAGUUGGUACACCUGGUAGAUUGCUUGAUGUGAUUGGUAAAGGAAAGAUCAGUUUAGAAAAGCUAAAAUAUUUAAUUUUGGAUGAAGCUGAUAGAAUGUUAGAUAUGGGUUUUGGACCAGAAAUAAAAAAAAUAGUACAUGAAUUAGGAGCACCUCCUAAAGAACAGAGACAAACUCUAAUGUUUAGUGCAACUUUCCCAGAAGAAAUCCAGAGACUAGCCGCUGAAUUUUUAAAUGACUAUUUGUUUUUAACUGUUGGACGAGUUGGUGGAGCUUGUACCGAUGUUGCACAGUAUGUGCAUGAAGUUCCCCGUGAUCAGAAACGUCAAAAGCUGUGUGAUAUAUUGUCUGAAUCUGGUACAGACAAAACCCUUGUUUUUGUUGAACAGAAAAGAAAUGCUGACUUCCUUGCUACCUACUUGUCUCAGUCUGGAUUUCCAACAACAAGUAUACAUGGUGACCGUUUGCAGCAGGAAAGGGAGGAAGCUCUGAGGGAUUUUAAAACUGGCAGAGCACCCAUUCUUGUGGCUACAUCAGUGGCAGCUAGAGGGUUGGACAUUCCUCUUGUUAAACAUGUCAUAAACUAUGACCUUCCACAAUCUAUAGACGAGUAUGUACAUAGAAUAGGCAGAACAGGUAGAUGUGGAAAUGUUGGUAAAUCUACCAGUUUCUAUACAGAUGAUUCAGAUGGUGGAAUAGCAAAAGCUUUGUUACGGAUCUUAGCAGAUGCACAACAAGAAGUCCCAUUAUGGUUAGAGGAGUAUGCUAAAUCUAGUCAGUCUACUGCUGGCUUCUCUAACUAUGGAGGCAAAUUUGGUGGAAAGGACAUCAGAAAAGACCAGCCAAGGACUAGAGACAACCACACAGGAGAUUUGGGAGGAGGAUUUAAUGGAGGUUUCAGUGGAGCACCUGCCAACUCUGGAGGAGGUGAUGAUGAGGAAUCCUGGGAUUAAUCACAUUCUGCCAGUUAUUCCAAACGUUGUAAAUAGUUGUUUGACGAUGAGAUACUUUGAAGAACCUUAACACGUUCUUUUUAAUCAUUUUACUCCAUUCAUAUUUGAAUGAAUGCUGUUACCUGCGAGGAAGCAGGAGUUGUGUUAUAGAAGAGUGAGCAGUAUGCCAUUUAUGUAUCAGCACACUGACUGUUAAAAAUCCUAAUCAUGAUUAUCAGAAAUCAGCUAGCAACUCUCAAUAUAUAGCUUAUAGUGGGUACAACUACCAGAACAGACUUGAUCUGAAAAGUUGCCACAACUAUUCAUUAAACAAGGUCAUUAACGUAAAUGAUUGAUACCAUAUGACUUAGUAGUGGGAAUGUACUAUAUAAAUCAAAAUCAGUUGUCACACAGAGUGAGGUGUUUGAAUAAGAUCACAAGAAACAAUGUAUAAGACUAGAACUGUAGAACUAUAAAGCAGGCCAUGUCUUGCCACAGCCUUAAACCAUUAGGCCAUAAUAUCUGGAGACUUCCUAGACUGUAGAUAGGAUUUUGUCCUGGAUAUGUGGAAGGAAAAAAGUAUAAACAAGUGAACAGCUGAAUCUGUUCUGUUAGGUAAUCGCUAUGGGUCUGCUGUUAUAAGAUCACAAAUGAUAUUGUUGUAGAAAUCCUGAAUGGCCUGUCUUGGAGAAGGUUCGUCAUUGAUUAGAAAGCGGGCAUUAUUUUUGAAGUUUAAAGAACCUUAUCAGACUAAACCAAUUUUUCAUAUUAUGUUUUAUUUUUUAAUUCCAUCUUAAUGAGAAUUGAUUUUGAUAAUGGUGUUUUUUUAUUGUUAUUGUUUUAUAGUAGUGCUACCGUAAAUCAUGUGCUUAAUCAAAUCCAGUUCUUAUUUGUUUACAUGAAUAGUAAUGUGGUUUUCUCUUUGACUGUAAGAUAUAUGCCAAUAAGUCUUUCUUAAUCGUGAUGAAUUCUAGUCUUUAUGAAGUACUGUUUUUAAGUCUGUGUGGCAUCCUACUAUGUCAGAUGGUUGUUAAUUGUGAUAGAUCUCAUGAACUGUAAAAUCAGAAAUAGUGCAAUAUGUAAUUGGUAUACCUGCUUACAAGCAAGGCAAAUUUUGAUGAUUUAAGGAACAUUUCAUUAAUUCUUAACCUUGUGAUACUUAUUGUUACUUAUAUGUUUUAUUAAAUCAUUCAACAUUUUAA